AUUAUAUCCAAGCAUUAUCUCCAAAUUUGUAAACUUAUGGUGCCCAUUCCUCCAAUAGAUAAGCUAUUCCCACCAAAAUCAAAAACCACAUCUCUAAAUUUCAAAACUUUACUAUACACCAUUCAUUCAUCCAAGUAAAGAGAUAAGCUUAUUAUGUGCAUUCCCAACCACUUCUAGAAAAUUACACUUAUUCCCUUCACCAUAUUUCUUCACUCAACCAGCAAGAAAUCAUCUAAACACUAAGUGCUAAUACUAGAGAACAAAAACCAUGGCCUCAAGCUUGAUGUCCAAUGCGGUAACCGCUGUGGCCGCGGCUAGUGGUGCUCAAGCUAACAUGGUUGCACCCUUCAAUGGGUUGAAAUCUGUUACAGGCUUCCCUGUUACUAGGAAGAGCAAUGACAUUAUUUCUAUUGCUAACAAUGGUGGAAGAGUUCAAUGUAUGCAAGUAUGGCCACCAGUUGGUAAGAAGAAGUUUGAGACUUUGUCUUACCUCCCACCUCUUACUGACACUCAAUUGUUGGCUCAAGUUCAAUACCUUUUAAAUAAGGGAUGGAUUCCUUGCAUUGAAUUCGAGUUGGAACACGCAUUUGUCUACCGUGAAAACCACAGAUCUCCAGGAUACCAAGAUGGUCGUUAUUGGACCAUGUGGAAGUUGCCCAUGUACGGAUGCACUGACCCCAUCCAAGUUGUGAAUGAGGUCGAGGAGGCCAAGAAGGCUUACCCCACCGCCUUCAUCCGUAUCAUCGGAUUCGACAAUAUCCGUCAAGUGCAAUGUGUCAGUUUUAUUGCCUACAAACCCACCGGAUGCUAAUUGAAUGUCAUAGGCGGCUCUAUAUGUGCUUAGCUUAGUUUGUGAUAUGUUUCAUAAACUAUGUAUUUUUUAAGCAUAAUUGUUAGAGAUCUUUUGAAGUUUUUUCGGCUUUAGAAAUAUACUCCCUCUGUCCCUUUGCACCUUUUUCUAUUUUAAUUUGUCCCAUUUAUUUUACACCCUUUUUUUUGGCAAUGACUUUACUUUCUUUCUUUAAAUCUCAUCCACAAAUUUAUUUUCUCUCUCCAUCUUAACCACUCAUUUUUAUCAUCCACUUGUUUUUUUAUCUUAUUCUCCAAUCAAAUUUUACUUUCUAUUAAAUUCCACCCAAAAUAAAAUAAGUGCAUUAUCAUAGAGACGGAGGGAUUAUCAUGUUUCUUUGGUUUGCUUUCAAUGUUGUUGACAAGUUUAUAUGGAAGAAUAAUGUAAAGGCUAACAACUUGUUCUUGAA